AUCAUGCAAAAAAGGUCAAUAACAAAUGUUACUAAUAUAAUGAUAUAAGAUGUUUAGCAUAGAAAUGGAAAUGCGGAAUUUUUUGACGUCAGCAAUGUUUUGUUGCCCUUAAUUAGCGCGUAUGAACCCAAAUUAGAUCACUGACUACGUGCCGAACGACAGACCGCUGUAGGACAAGCUUACAGAUCACCAAUCGCUCACAUGUACUCUUUGGGUAAUUGUCGAGGUCUUUUUGUUUGCACAAUAAUGAAAGAAAGUUCAUCUUGACGUAAAUCACCAAGGAGCCGAUACUCACCGUGAUCAGUCAGAAAAUUUGCUGCACUCGAAGGCUGAAAGAAAAACUGUUCUCGGAUCGUCAUUCUCUCUUUGAUCCCUGCUCAGAAGACAAACCAGUGACUUUGAAAUAGAGCUUGCCAUGGAAAAUACAAACCCCUUUCAACGGAAAAACGAGUUUGAGAUGUCCGUCAGGGAAGGAAUCAAAGGAGCUGGUGAAGACGUCAGCCAAGAUCUUUCGGAUGAUGAGGAAAAAACGUAUUCUGUACGACAUUUAAUUCUGGACUAUUGUGAAUACACGUCUGGCCAUGGUCCUCCGCGCAUCGUCGCCUCAAAACAAAUGAUAAGAAAAGUAUUUUGGACGUUGUUAUUUCUUGCAGCAUUGGCGGUGUCUUCAUGGCAAAUAAACACUCUGUUUGAUACGUAUAAAUUACGUCCACUGAGCACUCAUGUCUCGAUAAAACAUGAAACGAGUCUUGACUUUCCGGUGAUUACGAUUUGCAACUUCAAUGCUGUGAAAAUUGGUAAAAUUGAAGAUUUCCCUGAGGAUCUGAAAAAGGACAUUCAGGCAGAAACUACCAGCAAUAAUUCGCCAACACGAGGAAAGAGAGCAGUAAACCAGCCCCCCUCGUCCAAUAGUCCAAACAAUAUUGACGUCUUAGAGGAAGAAGAGGAAGGAUUUGAGAACCCGGAUGAUCUGGAUGAAGAUUUCAAGAACAGGGAACAAAUGAUAAUGAUAAUGGCUGAGGCUGGGGUCGAGGCACUAAAACCUCUUGGUCACCAGUUUGAAGAGUUUGUCUUGUCGUGCAGAUAUCGCGGAAUCUCGUGUGUAAAUUUCUCGAGUUCUUACUGGACACGCUUCUGGCAUUAUACCUACGGAAACUGUUACGUUUUUAACGCUGGUAAAGAUAAAACAGGAAAGAGAGCUGCCGUAUUGAAGUCUAACAAGCCUGGACCAUCACACGGACUAAACCUCGAGCUAAAUAUUGAGCAGGACGAAUACAUUGGAGCCUUUACAGAGGAAGCUGGGGUGAGGAUAGACAUAUCAAAUCAAGGAGAGAUGUCGUUUCCUCGCGAGAAAGGACUCAGCGCGGCUCCAGGAUUUGCCACGUCAAUAGGAAUAAGAAAGGUGGAGAUCCACAGAAAGGACCCAUUCACCAACAAACGAUGUCAAAAUACCUUGAGUUUGAGCGACGCCAACCUCUACAAUUAUCACUUUCAAGUAAAUUAUUCAGCCACGGCAUGCAAGGAAUCAUGUCUCGCUUAUAAUCAGAGGAAAGAAUGUAAAUGUAUGGAGUACAGAUUUCCUCUUCCUAAUGACAAGACCCCAGUUUGCGACAUUCUAAAUAAAACAGUCGUUAACUGUCUCAGCAAAGUACAGAAGGCAUUUAAACGAAAUGAAUUGAACUGCACGUUGUCAUGCCCACCACCCUGCAGGGAGAGCAUAUUUCAGCUCUCGUCAUCAUUCUCAGCCUGGCCUUCCAGUGGUUACAAGCCUUUUUAUAUUGACAAGCUCAACUCUCAGGACAAAUCUCAUAACCUCGAUUUUAAUUCAAAUUCAAGUAAUAUUCGCUCCAAUGUUUUGAAACUAAACAUAUUCUACGAGGAACUAAAUUAUGAAACCAUCAGAGAGGAAAGAUCCUAUGAGCUAGCAAAUUUCGUGUCCGAUCUCGGAGGGUCCCUUGGUUUAUGGAUUGGAAUGUCUGUUCUGUCGUUUGCAGAAGUUCUGGAAUUGUUGCUAUUGAUUAGUUACGCACUAUUUAGGAAAUUUCGAAGAAAAUUAAACGGUAAAAUACGAUCAUCUUCAUUUCAUGGCAAGGGAAAAGGAAAAGACGCCUUCUGAAAAGAUAUUAGUGAAGCUGGGUGGAAUAUCAUAGUUAAAGUGCAACUAAACCCCAAAAUUUUUUUUUGCUUAACGAAAUAAGCGUAUUUUUUGGAGUAUUUCGGUGCAAAAAUGUUUUUAU